AAAAGGAAAUUUACUUUGGAAGCUUCCUCGCAGAGUCCCCCUCGCAGUCUUACUGGCUGGGUCACUCGCUCAUUCCUGAACCCCUCCUGAGCAGGGAGGGGGGUCCUCCUAGACGAGACAGGAGCUAUGCUGGAGGAGCGUGUUGGGGGUGUGUGCGUCCGGAAAUGGGGCUGAGGGAGGGGUGGGACACCCGCGAGAAAGUGACAAGGGGGACGGUACGCCCAGCAGGCGGGUCCCAGGCCCGCUUACGGUCCUCAGAGGCCGCCCUGUCGCCCCCCCUUGCACGCUCUCCUCCCCCUCCCCCAGGGCCUCUGCGCGACUCCCGCUGCAGCCCUGUUCCCCCCCUCCCCGCACUUCCCUCCCCGAGGCUUUCCUGUAUUUACUUGUGUGGCCCUCUGGUUAAUCGUGGGCCACGACUGAGAGCGCCACGAAGGUGGGGACCGCUAACGUUGUCACCAAGAGGGGAGAGGGGUCGCGGCCAGGCACCGCGCAACCCUGGGAGCCGAGGCCUUCUUGAGUUCUGCUCCCUGGGCCCCUCGCCUCCCUCCUGCCCCCACUCUGCGGCGGCCGUUGCGGGGGGGGGGGGUCACCACAACCUCCAAAUCACUGUGACGUCCUAGUUUCUCCUUAAAAUAGUUCGCGAAUUUCGUAUUUUACUCCGUACUAUGGCAGUGUUGACUUAAAUGCAGAAAGAAUGAUUUUCUUCCAGAUCGUGGAGUUGUUCCAACAGGAAGACACGCCGGGUGUCACGGGGUGCUUCUCGCAGGCCCCGGAGUUGAGAUGCACUCCGCGUUGCGCACCGGGCCCGGGAAGGCCCGAAAGAUGCCAGCGAGUGGGUCCGGCACCAGCACGCCCUUGCUCGAAAUACCUUGGGGCCCCACCCGGAACCUAGUGACUCCGAAACUCUGGGGUGGGGCCCAGCAAUGAGUUCGCACACCCCCGCCAGGUGACCGUGACGCGCGCCGAAAGAGGAGAGCGUCCGAUUUAGAAGGCAGAUAAAGUUAGCUUCAAAACCAAACCAAACCAAACCAACGACGAGGAAGCACUUCGGCCAGUCCCAAGCCCCCCCACCCCCAAUCCCGGUCCGCAUCCCUCGGAAGGCCGGGGACCACCGGCGGCCCCCGCUCCGGGCAGCGGAGGCAGAGGCACUGGUCCCGCGGGCUUCUCUCCCCCGGCGGGAGCUCUGAGCGCAGCGGGCGGGACAAGGGGAGGAGCGGGGACGUGCGCCCGAGCCCCGUGCGAAUGGCCUCCGGCCGCGCUCGGCGGGCGGCGGCGCCCCCCGCACCGCCCUUCUGCAGACCUGGCCCGAGCCCACCCAGCGCCACCUCCGCGCGGGUUGGGGCGGCCGCUUGGGCUCGAGGCCUUAGGAAGCGCCGGGGACGAGCGCUCUGAACUUGGGGAGGAAGGAAGAGACGGUCCGCGCGGCCGGCUGCCUCCCAGCUUCCCCGCAGGCCAGCUCUCCGCAAUUAUGCGCCUGCCCCGGGACCUCCCGGGCCGAUGCGACAGCCGGGAGGAGACCGCUCGGCGACCCGCCGGAGGGCAGGCCUGUUGGGAGCCGCGGGGCCAACUUCACGGGCAGGAAGACGACGGAAGCUGAGCGCAAGCUCAGCCGGGAGCCCCAGCGGCAGGGCAGGCGCGGGCCCGCUGGGCGGGAGGGGCUGAGAGAGCCCCACUUCCGAUGCGGUCCCCACUCUCUGCGGAUCCCUCGGACCCCGCCCGCUCGGGCCCCGCGCCGCUGGAUCCGCCUGGCGCUCCCGCGGCCGCGCCUCCCGGGGCCGGGCCCUCCCCCGCUGCUGGCAGGCUCAACCCCGAGGGCCGCGCCCGGCCCGGCCCGGCCCGCAUCCUCCUCCCACUCCGCCCUGGGCAGUCCGGCUAAAACCCGGAGGUCCGGAGUGGAACUGCCUCUCCUCCCAGGCCCGGGGCGGGCGUUGCGCGCUCUUUCAACCACCCCAGGCGUUAGGUCUCCGGAGGACAAGUCCCGGGGCUAUUCGGCGUCAUGGAGCCCCGGGGGAUGGAGCUGCUAAGUUUGGAGGCUCUGGGACCUGUGCCUUUUGAAGACACCCCGCCAGCCGGGGAGCCGCCUGCCCCGGGGGUCCUCAGCACGGACGGUGGCGGGGACGGCGGCGGCACGUCGAAGGUCCCGAACCCCGACGCCGAGCCCCCGUUCCUUCAGGAAGAGGCUGCCCUCCGGGAACAGGAGGAGCUGCUGGAGAGCCGUCGCCGCCGCCGCGCGCGCUCCUUCUCUCUGCCCGCCGACCCGAUCCUGCAGGCGGCCAAGUUCCUGCAGCAGCAGCCGCCGCCGGCCCCGGGGACGGGCUCAGAGGGCAGCGAGAGGGCCGAGGGUGCGCUGCGCAGCCCGGGCAGCUGCUGCGCCAAGUGCAAGAAACGGGUGCAGUUCGCGGACGCGCUGGGGCUGAGCCUGGCCAGCGUGAAGCACUUCAGCGAGACUGAGGAGCCGCAGGUGCCACCCGCCGUGCUCUCCCGCUUCCGCAGUUUCCCAGCGCGCGCAGAGGACCUGGAGCAACUUCCGAGCCUCCUGGCCGCGGCGGCGGCGGCCGCGCCCCUGCCGGCGCCGCCUCCCCGGCUGCAGCCUCUCUUCGAGCUUCCCGAACCGAGCGCCGUGGCCGAGCGCCUGCGGCGGCAGCGCGUGUGCCUAGAACGCGUGCACUGCUCGGAGCCCGGGGGCGUCGAGGUGACCGGCUCCGGCCGGGUGCUGGGCUGCCCUGGGCCGCGCGCCGUGGCUGUGCGCUACACCUUCACCGAGUGGCGCUCCUUCCUGGACGUGCCGGCCGAGCUGAGGCCGGAGCCGGGGGAGCCUCCGCCGUUGGCGCCGUCGCGGGGGCCCGGGGACGCCGAGGACGAGCCCGGCGCCGAACGCUUCCACUUCGCGCUGUGCCUGCCCCCGGGCCUGCUGCCCAAGGAGGGGGAGGACGCGGACGCGCCGGGCGUCGCCGUCCACUUCGCCGUGUGCUACCGCUGCGCCCAGGGCGAGUACUGGGACAACAAUGCGGGGGCCAACUACACGCUGCGCUACGUGCGCCCCGCUGAUGCGCUCUGAGCCUGCGGCGCUCGGCCCCGCGGCGCUUGCAGGGACAGCACCAGGCGGCUGCGGCUGCGACGCUCUGAGCCCCGGGAUAGAGGGAGCCGCUCACCGCAAGCUCGCACCCAGACAGAUCCUGGCAGCAAGCACGGAGCCUCGGCCACUUUCCCGUCGCUCAGGCCCCUGGAGUUCCCGCCCGCGUCGGAAAAGGAAGACAACCGCCGGGUGUCCAGUGGCUGCCUCCGCGAAGGCUCCGGAUUUCUGCGCGAGGCUGCAAACCCUUGGGAUUUGUUUUCAACCGUGGACUGCGUGUUUCAGCCCCUGUACCUUGUGGGAGACCCCUGGGGUCUCAGGGAGAGGUCAGACCCUGCCGCUGCAUCGCGCCCCGGGAAGGCGUGGACUGCGGGCCUGUUUCUCGAGAAAUCCAGGUGGGGCCUUAGCAGACUGUUCUUUUCUUUUAACCAGGAUCUGGGAAAUGUUCGCCCAGACUCAUGGGCUUGCGUACAAAUGUCCUUUGCAAAGUAAAUGCCACGUGCACGUCUCUUACUUUAUAUUUCAGCUUCCGGCAGUUGGGGAGGCCCUGGCAGGCAGGCAGUCUUCCUCAGUGGAUGCUGCUACUGAACUUUAAAACAGUCAAAUAACAGUAUUUUCAAAUUUCCUUUCUUCCAUCCCUCCUCUCUGAUGUGGAAAGGCCCAGACUUCCCAUAAUGGACUGGAAUGUUCUUUACACUGUUUUGUAGAAGUCGUUCUUUCCCCGGCAAAAUAAGAUGCUUGGUGAAUUGAAAUGCCAGAGUAAUCAGCAAGCUUUGGCUGUGAGCCGCUCCAGCGGGUCCUGGCCCCCAGCCCCCUCGUGUGGGCAAAACACAUCGUAGCUCCUAGACUCUGGGCCAUUAGCAGUCGGAGAAGCUGGACUCCGGAUGGCUAGACUCCAAGCCGCAAGAUGAGGGGAUGGAGAGGUGGUUUUCUGUCCCUCUUGGAGCCACUGGUGGGAGUGGGGCCUUGACUGAUGAAGCAUGCCCAGCAAGAAAAUCCCGCUCUGAAUCCCAUGGGCACCCAGCACAGGCUAGGACUGUGGGAACCAGUCUGGUUGGCCUUUAUUCAUUGCCGAUGUCUGCGGAUGCCAAGAUAAGGGGGCUAUGGAUGGCUGGGGCCAUGGGUGGCGGGGGCCAGUGAGCCUCUGGAAGGAUCUGACUUCUUUACACCUUGGUCACCUAUUGGUAAUUCAUCUUUCUUUUGUUUUCAUAGGUUCCAGCACGUGGCUAGUACAGUCAGUCUGUUGCGUGAUGCUCAGCUUUAAGGAGGAGCUGUUUCACUGCUGCUCUAUAGGUAUCUCAGGGAGGCUUCUACAUACAGCCUACGGGCCAGAGCCUAUUAUCGUAGGGCCUGGGAGCUAAGCUUGUUUUUUACAUUGUUAAACAGUUGGAAAAAUUCAAACAAAGACUCCUGUUCUAGUGACACAUGAGAAUAGUAUGAAAUUCAAGUUUCAGUGUCUAUAGAUCAAGUAUUUUAGGAACCCAGCUAGGCACAUUCAUUUACACUUUUUUUUUUUUUUUUGUCUUUUUGCCUUUUCUAGGGCCGCUCCUGUGGCAUAUGGAAGUUCCCAGGCUAGGAGUCGAAUGGGAGCUGUAGCCGCCGGCCUAUACCACAGCCACAGCAACACCAGAUCCUUAACCCACUGAGUGAGGCCAGGGAUCAAACUCUCAACCUCACGGUUCCCAGUCAGAUUCAUUAACCACUGAGCCACGACGGGAACUCCCGUUUACACUUUUUUUUUUUUGUCUUUUUAGGGCUGCACCCAUGGCAUAUGGAGGUUCCACAGCCACAGCAAUGCCAGAUCCGAGCCACAUCUGCAACGUAUACCACAGCUCACUGCAAUGCCGGAUCCUCAACCCACUGAGUGAGGCCAGGGAUCAAACCCGAAACCUCAUAGUUCCUAGUUGGAUUCGUUUCCGCUGAGCCACGACGGGAACUCCUCAUUUACGUAUUAUCCAUGACUGCUUUCCUGCUACAAGAGCAGAGCUGAGUAGAUGCAACAGAGGCCGUAUGGCAAAGUCUAAAAUAUUUCCUAUCUGGCCCUUUAUAGAAAGUCUGCUAACCCCUGCUCUAGAGAAGUGGUAUUUUUUAAAACUCUGUGUUGAGAGUUACUGUUAAUAAGGCAGUUACAUUUUUAGUAAAAUUUGCCACUUGAAAUAAACUUCCUUGGGGUAAAGGAAGGGUAAUGUAAAUGACAGUUACAUUACUGCCAGUAGUCUUGACUGGUUACAAUGAACACCAAGAUAUCCAAUGUACAACCGUCACUAUACUGGGGAGGCAGGGAGGCGACGCCACCUGCUUUUUACCUCUAAGAAAUAACAAAAAGUCAGGGCAGCUGAAAUCGAACACCAUCUAAAUUAACCUCAAGCUAGAAAAACCGCCAGAAAAAAAAGGUGCCUCAAAAUGGGAUGUCCCGAGCUAUAGAGUAAUUAGUUUGAACUCUGUCUGCUUUGGUGAUAAUGCGUUAUUUUGAAGUGUUUAGAUUUUUAAAAAUUGAAUUAGCGCUGUAUAAUGAUCAAAACAGAGCUCCUCUUGUCUGGUGUCUUUUAAAUGGUAACCCAUUAAACCUAGAAUAGAGUACAUAAGAAAUCGAUGUUUAAGAGGUAUUGUGCAGCAAGAUUUUUAUUCUUGUAGAAACCAUCAUUGAUUCUCAAAAGUGUAUUUUGGAACUCAAACAAUGAAUUUUAAGAGGACCUGUUUUUAUAAUAUAAGAACUUCAAGUAGGGCUGUUAGGAAAGGGAAUCGAACUCUGCUCUCCCAUGACUUUUGGAGAAUUGCUCUUCUAAGGUUCAGAAGUUCGUAGAAUAUUUCGAGCAGUCGCCUUUCAAAGCCCCGGGGCUGACAGUCUUCUCAAUGUCAAUUUUAUAAAGUGCCAACUUUUCAUUGCAGACCGAGGCAAACCCUUUGUAAAGCAAUGUAUGGAUGUGACAGUAGGUCUUUUUGUGUUUGGGAAAGUUAAUGUCCAGGAGGGGCCGUACGGAGGAGCGAGUGGAAGCAGUUCAGAGUACUCCCGGGACGCCGUGAACACACACACGUGUUCCCUAAAGCACAGUUCCCACCUUGCAGCUGUGGUUUUUCUGUGGUCGUGUUUAUCACAGCUCCGUAAGUGAGGGUCCUUCUUAUUGAAAAUGUAAGUAGCUUCACCUUCUGGCCCGGCUCUAGGGAUCAGAAACGUAGUUCUGCUCCGCUCAGCUCACUGCCUGACCUCCAGGAGAGAGGUGCCAGUUUCUUCCCAUGGGCAGUGGGUCCACGGAGCCCCGGGUCAUGGCGAGUGGAAUGAAGUGUGGGCCCUAUCUAGAGAGUCGGAAGCAGUGGCUGGCGGAGUUCCCGUCGUGGCUCAGCAGUUAGCAAACCCGACUAAUAUCCAUGAGGAUGCGGGUUCGAUCCCUGGCCUCGCUCAGUGGGUUAAGGAUCUGGCGCUGCCGUGAGCUGUGGUGUAGGUUGCAGACACGGCUCAGAUCCCAAGUGGCUGCGGCUGUGGCUGUGGUGUAGGCCGGUGGAUGUAGCUCUGAUUCCACCCCUAGCCUGGGAACCUCCACAUGCCACGGGUGUGUCCCUAAAAAACCAAAAAACCCCCAAAAAACAAGAAAACAAAAAACCAACCAAACAAACAAAAAAAGAAGCAGUGGCUGGAAUGUGGCUGUCUGUACAGAACACAAAGCAAGGUGACCAGUUGCUUCCAAGACCUGACUGGGGAAGCCAGGAUCCUGCUCCGAGCUCUGGGGACACCAGCUGUCCUCUGUCCAGCAGCAGGGUCAUAACUCAGGCAGCCUUCCUGUGGCAGCAGGGAGCGGGCAGUUGUCAUGGGCGAACUUGGCGGUGGCGGGGGGGACCUUUCCGUCAGGUGUGCAGUUUUCCACCUGGCCACGUCCUCCCCUCCCUUCUGCCCUGACCAGGGGAGGGCUGCCCUGUGAUGCUGUGGGUUUUGAGCGAAGCAGAGCCUUCUGUUCAUUUCAUCUUUGGGGACUGGUGUUGGACUCUCUAUAUCAUUUUAUGAGUUUGCCGUAUUUCUAAGCUUUCUAGCAUGAAGUUUUUGCAUACUUUAAUAUGCUGCAUUUCCUCAUCCCCUGACUCAGUGGCUCGGUUCUUAGGAGCGUGUGGCUGGGAGCCACGUGGAGUGUUGUGAUCUGCGUCAUGUGUGCUUUGUCAGGCGUGCAAGGAACAGCUUUCGGGAGGAGAUGGGAGGUUUUGCUUUCAUGUGACAUCAUGGAACGGACAAGUGCUUUUUUGGCUCAUGCAGUGGGACAUGGGUUGGUGGUUAAACGAGGGCACCGUGGCUGGUCGUAACUUAACGGGCAGCCUGGCCAAAUAGUGAGCUGUUUGACACCCAGCCUGGCCUGGCCAGUCCCGUGAUGCCGGCCUGGACGGUCUUCCGGGGGUGGGGGAUGGGCUUCUCACAGCGGCCAGGGGCUGGAAGCAGGACACACCCUGACCACCUGGCCCAGCCUGAUGACCCCAUCUUUUCUCCUGUGGGGCCAUCCUGGGCUGUUGUCCACCAGCAGGCCGGUGCCUGGAAGCCCCCGGGAGAGGCUGGCCCUGGUUCUUCUCGGGACGAGUGAUGGAGACGUUCCAUUAGAGGCCCGGCUGUGUUUCCAUGUUCCCUGCAGACUGCCUUCUGCUGGUGGAGGUGACUGGCAGGACGCAGCACUAAACGGUCCUUUGCGCCUCCAAGGGCUGGUUGCUGGAGAGCCAGACAGUGUAACCAUAGGCUCUUGAGGCCUUCGACGCCUUUGCAGCUUUGGGGAGACGCUGUAUUUGCAUUGGCUUUGCCCGCUGUAGCAGACACUCUCUGGCCUGGACCGCACGAAGUCGCAUCUUGGAUAAGAGGAGGUUUUGAGAUGGCAGAGAUCAAGCGCUUGCUUUUAAGAUGGUCCAGUGAGAUUUGCCUGGUGAAUCUGAUCGCAGGUAGGAGUCUGUUAAGUUGUUGUGCGUACAGCAUCCGUUCAACCUGGAAAUCCUUAGCUGCAGACGUCUCUGGUAAAGCCAAGACAUUUUAGAGACACUUACAGACACUGAAUUAGACCAGUACGAUUAUUCAUCCAUUCACCUUGCUGCAGCUUCUCUGACACUGGUCAGCUCAAGGCACGGCCCAGGGAGAGCCUAGAGCAUCCUAAUGCAUAUUCCAAAACGGGAAACUCGCUCUGAAAAUCUGAAUUGAAUAAAGGUGAAAGCAGGUGGCUUUUGGGAACUGAGCCUGAAACACUGAAUCUCCGUGUGAAAAACUGAUGAGCACACCCUGCAGAAGGCUUUCUAUCGAUCCCACCUGUGUGUUAUGUUGAGGAAGCGUCCACUCCCACAGGUGAGAAGUUUGUGGUCACGGCAAAGCCAUGGGCUUUAAAGGGGCCUCCUGGCAGGGUCUCUAGAGGGUUGGUGGUUCCUGCACCUCCCUAGAUGUUUCUGGGUGAGGAGCCCCGUUAUCAGGAGGCUGUUCUGCUGCCACUGAAGUGGCAUCUUUUCUACCUUAAGUAGGUGAGAGAGGUUACCGUUUCUCAGAGGGAGUUAGGUUUUGUCUAAUUUUUAUAUUAUUUAAAAAGACACGUGGGAGUUCCCGUGUGGCACAGCUCCAUAUGCCACGGGGUGGCCAAAAAAGAAAAAAAAAGGAGAAAGAAAAAUAGGAGUUAAUAUUCACAACUACUUUUAGUGGUCUAGAGAAUUCCCUUUGUGUGUUCCUUUCAGUCCGGUUAAGGAGACGUGGUGUUUUCACGCACAGACUGAAGGCAUGUUGUUUAUAAAAUUACUUUUUUCAGCCAGAAAAUCCCAAAACCUGUGUGUCACCUACAUCACCAUUAAAUUAGUGAGGUCUGUUGUAGCAGUAGGAUCGUAAAAAUAUAAACCGAAUUGAGUUUGAAGGCCCCUGGGAUAUCUGAAAAUGAGUGUUAAAUGGCUAAGUGUGAUAUAAAUGGACACUGAAUCGCAGGCCAGUCCUUAACGAGGAAACACACAAUACACUCUUUUGGGGAAAGAACUAACGGGCUGCAAUUUAGAAAGAUCUGUGAUUCCCCGGCUUAGCUCCGCACCCCAACAGAUGGGAACUAGAGGCUGCUUCUGUUCCCUGAUGCUGAGUGAUGGUGGGUUUUGCUGUUACUAGAAAGUCAUUACAAAGGCAUUUCUGUACUGGUGCAGCUGCCCUGAAAGACUAGGGUUUCUGGCAGAGGAAACAACCACCUUCAAAACAGGCUCGUAAGCUACUGAAUUCUGAGGCCAGGGGCUGCCCGGCCCGCCCUGCCCGCCUUGCCACUCAGGAGAACGUGCAGGGGGACACUGCUUGGGGCCUGGGCCUGGCAUGGCGGGCCUCCCCGCCCCGGGGGCUCCGGCCUGCACGGAGGGUGUUGAAGGCCGCCGCGAGGCCCAAGACCCAGCGUUUGGGGCCUCAGCUUUUGACUCUGCCCCAUCCACGUGGCCCAGGAAACCUUUGAGGCUCCUGUGUGGACGGAUUGUUAGAGCCAGGGGUCUCUAAAGCCAUGGGCACCACGCCCUGGGGGCGCAGCCUCAGGGCCUGGCAGACCCCUGUGGUGUGUUACCUGCGUGUGACAGCAGAGACUGGGGCUCGGGCAGCAGGCCCCAGCUUCCGAGCAGGGGUUCCCUCUGUGUGAUGGUCUGACUGUUGCGGGUGAGCCCAGAGCCUCUGGGUGUUGAAGUCACUGGUGCCUGCGGUGUCACUAAACACCCAGGUCAUUCCUCCAGGGUUGAAAAUGCAGCCUAGGGAGUUCCCUUUGUGGCGCAGUGGUUAACGAAUCUGACUAGGAACCAUGAGGUUGCGGGUUCGGUCCCUGCCCUUGCUCAGUGGGUUAACGAUCCGGCGUUGCCGUGAGCUGUGGUGUAGGUUGCAGACGCGGCUCGGAUCCCGUGUUGCUGUGGCUCUGGCGUAGGCCGGUGGGUACAGCUCUGAUUGGACCCCUAGCCUGGGAACCUCCAUAUGCCGCAGGAGCGGGCCAAGAAAUAGCAAAAAAAAAAAGAAAGAAAGAAAGAAAGAAAAUGCAGCCUAGCUCAUUGGGGUCUGUCUGGAAGCACCUGAGCUCAGGGAGGCCGCUCUGAUGGCUCUGACCCGGCAGAGGACGUUGCAGAGGCUGCCAGGCCUGUCUGGGAUGGAGGCAGGUCUCGGGGGUCAAACUGUGACUGUGGCUGGCACAGGGUCUGCCUUCCUGAGCUGGAACCAGGGGGCCGAGGGGUCCUUUAUCAGACGUGCAGCAGCUGCAUGAGUGGGCUGCUCUUCCAGACAGGAUAUUUUACAUGAUUGCAUGGGAUUGUGUAUAGGUCCUUCUAAUAAUGUGAGAGAAAACAACCUCAUCAACCUCCGUCUGAGGAUUCGCUCGAGAAAUGUGCCUGGCGGAAUGUUUGGGACGGACUAACAGAUUGCUGUCAAUGUGACUUCGAGACUGUUUAUUUAAACUGAGAGCGUCUGCAGUCCAGACCCGGUCCUCAUGCUUCUCCUCGAUUUUUAAAAGGACAGUUAUAUUUGGGGGGUUGAGAAUGUCUUCAAUGCUGAAGAUUUGGGUGGGGGGUUUCUGUUUGCUGCUCUGCUGUAUGAUUUUUCUGUGCGUGUUACACCUAAAAGAAUGCUGACCUCAAAGUCCUAAUUUGAAUAAAGAAUGUAAAGCACUCUGGGACUCGGAAA